AGAGAGGAACGAUCUCGGAGCGACAGACAGACAGAAGAAAAGAGAGAGCGAGAGAGGUUGAGUGAGUGAGUGAGUGAGUGAAUGAGUAAGUGAGAAACACAUUUAGGAUACUUCCAAAUAAGCGUAACACUAAACGGAUGAAAAAUGACUAGUCAAUUGGAAGAAGAUAUCCACGACCGGGGAGACAGGAAGAGUAAACCGCCCACCCUGCUCUCCUCCUACUGCAUCGACAGUAUUCUGGGCCGACGGAGCCCCUGUAAAGUCAGGCUGAUAGGGGCGCAAAGUUUGACAGCUCUACCCAGGAGACAGGACGACGACAAGCAGACGGAAGGCUCAACUAAAGACAACCUGUCCCCAGACAUUCACCUUCCACCAAAGCUGCGCCGACUCUACGGACCAGGCGGGAAGUAUCUGGACCACGGACGGGUUUUAGUUCACGACCUCGAUGAGAAAUUGGAUAGGGAAAGGCUUCUGGUGGACCAAGCCUGCGAGAGUCUCAAAAUCAACCAGGCUCCACAGGUGAGCAUCAGCCGGAGCAAGUCAUACCGGGAGAACGCGUCCCUAAGCCGGGGAGAGGGAGGUCAGAGCCCCACUGGUGUGCCGGAGGAUGGACCCGGGCUGAGACUAGGGCUGAUGAAGUUCGAGGACGCGGGGAAAGAAGAGGAGAGCUGUGGGGACGCGAUGGGUCUCUCCCCGAAGGACGAGGAGAGGGAGAGCAUCCACGCCGGGGAUGGAGACGUGAGGGACGGCGAGGACAACGUGUGUCUGUCGGCAGGCAGUGACUCGGACGAAGGGAUGCUAAAACGCAAGCAAAGAAGAUACAGGACUACAUUCACCAGCUAUCAGCUGGAGGAACUGGAGAAGGCUUUCCGGAAGACACACUACCCCGACGUCUUCACCAGAGAGGAGCUUGCGAUGCGGCUGGAUCUGACCGAGGCGCGCGUGCAAGUGUGGUUUCAGAAUCGUCGUGCUAAGUGGCGUAAGCGUGAGAAGGCUGGUGUCCAGACACACCCCUCUGGCCUCCCUUUCCCCGGUCCCCUUUCUGCCACGCACCCCCUCAGCCACUACCUGGAUGGGGUUCCCUUCUCCACACAUCACCACCCCGCCAUGGAGUCUGCCUGGACCGUCGCAUUUCCUGGUCUAGCUCCUCACCAUAGCAACCACUCACCCCAGCACCAAGGGACACCGCUGGGCCUUGGAACAUUCCUAGGUGCAACUGCCAUGUUCCGUCACCCCACCUUCAUCGGGCCCACCUUCGGCAGGCUCUUCUCCAGUAUGGGCCCUCUGACCAGUGCUUCCACUGCUGCCGCACUCCUCCGCCAGCCUGGCCUGUCCAUCAAGACUCCCUCCAUCCCUCCCCCGGUCCUCUCUGACCCUUCCUCCUCCCCAUCGCCCUCCUCCUCGGCUGCAGCAGACCGCAGGGCCUCCAGUAUUGCAGCUCUAAGGAUGAAGGCUAAAGAGCACUCUGCUCAGAUCACCCAGAUCCACAUCCUGCCCAGCGGAGCUCCAGGGAAGGAGAUUAAAAACUACGAACUCAGGGGGGGGUCAACUCCAUGACACCUGCUGCUUGGACACACACACACACACACUUUCUCGAGUCCAGAGAGAGAGCAAGAACCAGAACUAAAACCAGUUGAUUCAGUGGACCACGUGAACCCAGUGCCAAAGCAGAGUCUGAGGUCUCCAUCCAAGCCAAAGCAACCUGUCCACAGACCUUCCUGUCCUACCCUGCAACCCAACCUGAACCUACUGGCUCAAUCUAACCUGCAUCACGUUUCUUCUCCUGUCUUCAUUUUCACUUCCUCACUAAGCAGCACAUGAUUGAUCCUUUUGGAGUAAACAAAAUAUCAUUUUCAGGCUUUCAGCAAAUUGAGUUUUAAUUUAAGGACAAAUUACAUACAUUUUUGAUUCUGUCCGGUGACUCUUAUGGCUGAAGUGAGAAAGUAAACUGGUGUAAAUAUUAUUGUAAAAAAUUAGGGGGAAAACUAACAAAAAAAUUAUAAUUUUCAAAAAACAUAGCCUUGCAUAUUUGAAAAGAGACCAUGCGUGAGAAGUUGCACUCGGUGUUACGUUGUAUGGAUUGAGAUGUGGCCCUGAGACUUCCCCCAUGGUUAUGAGCUAUCAUAGGUUUUUACAUUACAAUUCAUGUCGAAACUGUUCCCCAACAGAUUGAGUGCAGGGUGUCAUGUAAAAAUGUUCCCCACAGGGCAGGAUUUUUUAUUAUUGUUAAAGUGAUUGUACAUUUCCUGGUUUAAAAAUAAAUAGAAAAAAAACAUAAUUUAAUAAAUGAGUGGUGAAAUUAAAUAUUGCUUAGAUUAUUAUUUCAAUCCAUUAUAGAACUGACAGAAGCCAGGAAUUUUAAACAUGUGAAAUAGAAUUAUAGAACUAUUA